UCUUACUUCUAAGAAAGCAUCCACUCUCCAACCUCAUCUUCCCCUCUCUGUUCUAAAACCUCUCUCCCAUGGCUUCCUCUCUACUUCUACCAUUAUCGCUUUCUCUUCUACUCCUUGCUUUUGCUUCUUCUUCUUCUUCUUCUUCUAAGUUUGAUGAUCUUUUUCAACCAAGUUGGGCUCUAGAUCACUUCAAUUACAAUGGAGAUACCCUUCAACUUAAACUUGACAAUUACUCCGGAGCUGGGUUUUCAUCUAAAUCAAAAUACAUGUUUGGGAAAGUCACCAUUCAAAUUAAGCUUAUUGCUGGAGACUCUGCUGGAACUGUCACAGCAUAUUAUAUGUCAUCUGAUGGUCCAAGUCAUAAUGAGUUUGAUUUUGAGUUUCUGGGUAAUACAACUGGAGAGCCAUAUACUGUACAGACCAAUAUUUAUGUGAAUGGAGUGGGAAAUAGAGAGCAAAGAUUGAAACUUUGGUUCGAUCCAACUCAAGAUUUUCAUUCUUAUUCCAUCUUUUGGAACCGUCGUCAAGUCAUAUUUCUUGUAGACGAAACACCAGUACGAGUUCACACGAACAUGGAAGACAAGGGCGUACCAUUUCCUGGAGACCAAUCCAUGGGAGUAUAUAGUUCAAUAUGGAAUGCUGAUGAUUGGGCCACACAAGGCGGUAGAGUUAAAACUGAUUGGUCCCAUUCUCCCUUUGUGGCCUCUUACAAGGGCUUUGAAAUCGAUGCAUGUGAGUGCCCUUCUUCUUAUGCCACUGGAGGAGGAGUUGCCAACAACACUGCUUGUUGUAAUGGUAGUGCCGCCGAUGAUGGUAAGAAGUUCUGGUGGGAUGAGCCGGUGCUUUCAGAGUUGAAUGUGCAUCAAAGUCAUCAGCUGCUUUGGGUUCGAGCCAACCAUAUGAUUUAUGAUUAUUGUACUGAUACUGCUAGGUUCCCUGUAACGCCUGUUGAAUGUGUUCACCACCGCCACUAGCCUUGCUGCCAUUGGCGGAGAGGUGAAGGUUUGGGAACUUAUGUCCGCCGCCAAUAGUUUCUUAUCUAUGUAAAGUAAUAAUAUGAUUUUUUUUUUCUUAA